AUGUCCACUUUAGUGCCGAUUUUCGUGCAAGUGCUCAAAACCGACAACAUUCGGCACGUCCACCUCUCGGGCGCCAACAACAUUGUGUGUCUGGACCAGCUCAAGCUCGGUAUUCUCGCGCGCUCCUGCGUCUUACCUGGCGUCUCGGCGUUUGUGUGCAGCAUCCUCUUUGCCUUCCGGCCCUUCCGUGGCGUCGACCGCUCGCACGUGUGGGCGUCUGACUUUCUUCGCGGCUGCAGCAACGAUGUCUACGACGUGCGCGUGCCGAGGUUCCUCGACGGACUUGUCUCGUUUGCGUUCCUGGCGUACGUGCUCUUCCAAGAGUUUGGGAUCGUCCCGAUUGCCAUGGGCCACAACGACGAGUACCGGCUCUUUCCUGCGAAAACACGCGUCCGCUGCGACUACAAAGUGUACAUCUUGUCGACGUCACCCGACUGUUCGCGGCGCGUCGGCGCCCUCUCCCUCACCCUGCUCCAAAAGUACCAAACGAUGCUCGACAACUUUGACGAAAUCACGCGCGCAUGGAACAAGCACUCGUUCACGUCCAAGCUCGCGACGCGUGUCCAGCAGUCCAGCCGGCGGCUGCUUCUGACGCGCACGACGCAUCGCACGUCGCUUGUCGACAGCUCGUUCUAUUCGAUCAAGUCGAACGGCCGCGCGUCCGAAGCCGACUCGGAUGCAUCGCAUCGAUCCAGUAUCGUUGUGCCAUGCACGACCGAGACGGACGUACCAACGAAUGGCGAUGACGGCACGACGCAGGAUGCGACCGAGCCAUUUGUCUCUGCCGCACCGCAGCCAACGUCGUUUCAACCGCUGCCCAAAGUCAUCGAAGGUGACGACGAGUCGUCCGAGAAGAUGCCGUUGCCGUCGCAGCCGCACCCGGCCAAACGCCUUCCGCCCUUGAAUGUCGCUAGCGCGACACCGCCACCCGACGCCAGUGCGACGCAGGUCGUCGUUCAACAGGACAAGAACAGUCGGUCCAACUCGCAGCUCUCGCUCGACUACCUCUCGUUCCUCACAACGCGCGUGCCAGACGACUUGGAAGAUCACAUUCUUCUCUGCGGCAUGCCCAACAUGCUCCACGACUUUGUCGCGCCGUUGCGGCAGCCCAAUCGUCCGCAAAAGAAGUUUGCGGCUGUCGUUCCCAUCGUGGUCUUGAGCGCGACGCCGAUCUCGGAGAAGCAGCACGCGAGCAUUGCGCACUUCAAGCACGUCUACUUCCUCCAUGGCUCCCCACUGCAUCUGCACGUCUUGACAACCGCGUGCGCGGCCAAGAGCAAAAGCGUCGUCAUUCUGAGCUCGACCAACGACGACGACUGCGACGACGAGCCGGAUCUCGUCGAUGAAAACAUGAUUGAUACCGAUGCGCUGACGCUCUAUCGGUUCGUGACGGAGUUUUGUGAAACGAGCCGUCACCCGGACAUGCCGCUGCCUCGGAUUCUUAUUGUGCUUAACCGGCCGAGCAGCCUCCGCUUUGUCAAGGACGAACACAACAAGGAGCCUGCCGACGAAGAGACGGUCGAGAUCCUUCGUGCGCACAAGCGCCAAGUACUCUCGCGCUCCGAUGACCCGCUCGACAGCAUUUGCACCCCCAUCUUUGCGUCCGGCAAGGUCUUUUUUCCCAAUGCACUCGACGCGCUUCUUGGCACAUGCGACAAGCACGGCAGCAUCAUUGACCUCAUGUACCUCUUCAUUCUGGGCGAACCGCCGCGGGGCGACGAGGCCGGGCGAUGUCUCGACCAGAUCACGAUUCCGCCGACGCUGUGGGGUCGACCGUACGGCGCGUGCUUUGAGAACCUUCUUUUGCACCACAAUAUUCUGUGUUUGGGCCUGUAUCGCCCGCAGACCCAGCAAAACAGCUACGUGUACGUCAACCCGAGCGCCGACGUCUUUGUGACGCCCAAAGACAUUCUAUUUGUCCUGCGAUAA